UGAAACACUGAGGGAAGGAGGGAGGGAGUGUCAAAGGGGGGAGGAACCUGGAGGAGGAGGGAGGAGCCCUCGGUCCUCUGCAUCUGUCCUGGUGUCUUGCAGCUCCACUUGGGCUGAGGGAGGAAAAUCUCACCUAGGAUUUACUGUUGGGACCUUUAGCCUUCUGGACCCUUCUUCCUUUGUGGAUUCAAUUUACUGGAAUAUUCACUGGAAGAUACUGGAGCUGCUGCCUGCCCGACGCCUUCCUGCUGAACGGGAGAUUUCCAAGUGUGAGUGUAAUAUGGGGAAGCCUUUGAAUGGGCUGGAUCCUGGAAUCAGACUGGGGGGCUUCCAUUGUGUUUAGAUCGGGGAGCAGCAUGCAAACUAAUCGGUGAACCGACGUGGCCUGUCAAAUCGCGGCCCUUGCAGCCAACAGAACCACCAGCCCAACUUUUUUUGGGGGGGGAUUCAUCCACUCUGCCUAAAAAAAAACCUGCGCCAAACACCAUGGAUUUCAUGCUACCCAUAAGAAGUCGAGGCACGAUGGCUCCCUCCAGCUCCGAACCUCUUCUGGGCUGUCAAAGCAGAUGCACCAGACAACACUACGCAAGCGUUAAAAGAAAGCUGCGGCCUGGACGGAUUCUGGGCUUCGUCCUCAGCUUGGCGGUGGUCUGCACAGUCUGCUCAUGGAGUGCCUUGUCGCUGGUCACAACGGUGGCCAAGGAGCUGGAAUCGGCUGAUGAGGGCUCAGCAGAGGCAGCGGUGCCCCAAAGAACACUUCUUCAGUACAACAACAUUUCAGAUGCAACAGGAGGCAUACCGGUAGCUAUGAAGUCAUCCAAAGUAGAGCAGAAUCAUGGGGACUACCCGACGGACUUAUUCUCUGUUGAGCAGAGACGCCAGGGCUAUGUGGCGUUUCAUAUGUUUGGCAUGUUGUACAUGUUCAUAGCCUUAGCCAUUGUUUGUGAUGAGUUCUUUGUUCCUGCGCUCACAGUCAUCACAGAGAAGCUGGAGAUCUCUGAUGACGUAGCAGGAGCCACCUUCAUGGCAGCAGGUGGCUCCGCCCCAGAGCUCUUCACCUCUGUCAUAGGGGUCUUCGUCUCCCACAGUAACGUAGGUAUUGGUACCAUUGUGGGCUCUGCCGUCUUCAACAUCUUGUUUGUGAUUGGGAUGUGCGCCGUGUUCUCCAAAGAGGUGCUGAACCUCACCUGGUGGCCUCUGUUCAGAGACGUCUCCUUCUAUAUCGUUGGCUUGCUUAUGCUCAUCUAUUUCUUUCUGGAUAAUGAAAUCUCAUUGGGAGAAAGUAUUAGCCUGCUGACGUGCUACACCUGCUAUGUGACAUUCAUGAAGUUCAAUUCUAAAGUAGAACUUACCGUCAAGAGGUUGCUGGGAAGCAACCAGGUGGACGAGCUGGAAACCGCACCAAGGUUGGAGUCAGAUCUGUUGCUCUCUGAUGUUGUAAUCACAUACGGCUCUCAGGUAACCGCUCCUGAUGACGAGAACAAGCUGACGGCCAAACCCAGGUUGCAGAGGGAAGGCAGCUGUGCCUCUCUUCACAACACACUGAUGAGAAACAGUAUCUUCCAGCUCAUGAUCCACACCCUCGACCCUCUCAGUGAUGAAGGUAAGGGACGUUUCAAAGAGAAGGCUUCUAUCCUUCACAAAAUGGCCAAGCAGAAGUGUAAAGAUGAGGCAGCCAAUGCCAACGGCGUAGGAGCCCCCUCGCAGACACAACCUCCAAGAAAAGCAAAUUCCGUUAAGAACAUCCAAAACAGCUCCAACGUCGCCGUGGAAGUCACACCGCCCAUGAACGGUGUAGUGGGAGGAGAAGCGGGCGGCGAGGAAGAGGAGGACGAGGACCAGCCUCUGAGCUUGGCCUGGCCUGACACCUGCAGGAAACGGAUCACCUACCUCAUCAUCCUGCCCAUCGUCUUCCCUCUGUGGCUCUCGCUCCCUGACGUCAGGAGAGAGACCUCAGCGAAGUUCUUCCCCAUCACUUUCCUCGGCGCCAUUUCUUGGAUCGCUUUCUUCUCCUACCUGAUGGUGUGGUGGGCUCACCAGGUGGGAGAAACCUUCUGGAUCACAGAGGAGAUCAUGGGUCUGACCAUACUAGCAGCCGGCACCUCCAUCCCUGACCUGAUCACCAGUGUGAUCGUGGCGCGAAAAGGCCUCGGUGACAUGGCCGUGUCCAGUUCGGUGGGCUCCAACAUCUUUGACAUCACCGUGGGUCUGCCAUUCCCCUGGCUCGUCUACAACAUCCUCAACGACUUCAAGCCUGUACAGGUGAGCAGCAACGGCCUGUUCUGCGCCAUCGUCCUCCUCUUCCUCAUGCUCCUCUUCGUCAUCUUGUCCAUCGCCGCGUGCAAGUGGAGGAUGAGCAAGUUCCUGGGCUUACUCAUGUUCCUGCUCUACAUCGUCUUCCUCGUCGUCAGCGUCAUGCUGGAGGAUAAAGUCAUCAUCUGCCCCAUCAGCGUCUGAGAGCCGGCGCUGCUUUUUUGAUUUCAAGGAAAAGCAGAAAAAAAAACCAUGGUGCUCAC